GAGCUUUGUCCGCGGGCGCGGGGCCGUGCGAGGCCCGGGGAGGGCGGGGGCUGAGGGGCAGGGGGUACAACUAGGCGGAGGUCGGAGGGCAAGGCCGGGAGAGACCCGAGAGGGUGCGUGGGAGUCCAGGGUCAUUUCCCCGGAGGAAGGGGGCGACCAGCAAUGAGAUCGCCCCUCAGCCGCCGAUGGGCACCCCCUCCACCGCCCAAUCUGGAGCCGAGGAGGUGGUGUUAGCGAGCGGCGGGCUCUGGGGAGUCUGCGGGCUUGGGGAGAGGGAGCCAUGAUUUGCGGGUUCGGGUCCCAGAAGGAUCCGGCGGCCUGAGCCCGAGGGUCGGUCCGCAGGCCCCUCCCACUCCGUCAGGUCUUUGUCCAGCGGCCCCUGUGUGUGCGGGAGGGGGUGGGGUCUGGGUUACUGGCCUGGAGAUUCCCCAGCAUCGUGACGGGGCAGUGACAGGAGACUGAGGCCAUUUCGGUCCCUGAGCCCCUAACGCACACGCCCUUCGUUUCUCCUCAGCCCGGGACAGCAGUCCCAGCCCAGAGUUGGGGUGUUGCACAAAGCUACGCUUACUUUCACCCGUGGGCCAUUAGUUACCCGGAGCCCCUCGGAGUUCUCGGCUCUUGCGAGAGCCCCUUAAACUUCCCCACUCCUAGAGCCUUCUGGUCUAUGCAGAGAUUCCCACUUCCAGACCCUUGGUAGAGGGUCCCCUGUAGACUGUUGGGCACACAGUAAGAGCUUAAUAGAUGUUGGCUUCCUCCCGGACCUCUCUGGUCCAGUGGUUCCUGCUGGUUGAAGGCCUGUGAGCAUUCAGCGCCGAGGAGAGCGAAAGCAGCCUGGAGCCUGCGCCCCGCUGCGGCCCGGAGUGCAGGGGUGGGUGGGCGGGUGGGUGGGCUGUUAAAGGAACGGUCACUAAAUCAGGAUUAGGCCGUGGGGCUGUCAGGCUGCCGGCCCUGUCUCCAUGGAUACCUAAUUUGGAGGAGAAUAGAGGACGGAAGAAUGUUUGUGUUGUCCGCACGGGCAGUAGAGGCUGAGCGGGCUCUUGCUUUCAGUCCAGUAGCUAGGAGUUGGGGAUCUGCUCCCCUCCCAACUUUAGGGUUACAGUCUAGGAGCUUUUCGGUUCCCGGGGUUUGACACCUCCCCUGGAGCCACCCAGUAUUUGGAGUGGGCCAGGAGAUGCUGCAGUCCAAAGACCUCUGACUGCACGGGGUAGUUUUGGACCCUGCCAGAAUCCCAUCCGAAACCCCUAGGCGCCCUUCCGGAACCUCCCGUCCCCACCCCACCCCCCCAGCACCCUUAGGCAGGGUGUGACCGCCCUUCUCUGAGUUUUAGUCCCGCCCCCAGCGACAGCCGUAACGGGGUGCAAUAGGGGUACAGAUCUGCAAUGCUCCAGGAUCCGAGAGCGGGUUUUUUCGACCACCCUGAGCUGUGUGCAGGGGGGCGGGGCGGGACUUUCUCCAGUCGCCCAAAGAAAGGGGAGGGUCUUGCUUGGAUGGCCGGGGAAGGCGGUGUGACAGGCCUCGUAAAUCGCCCUUACCCACAUUUAGCACCAUUUCAUUUAUUCCUACUUGAUUCCAUUGGUGCCCGGAGCAUCCAGAAAGCGACCUUCACGCCCUUGCUGUACUAUCUGCUGAGGGAAGGCCUUUUGGGCCAACGCGAAUUUAGCUGAAAGUCAGGAUUGGAGUUGUUCCUUCUCAAUGUCCCUAGGAGUAGGAGAGGGACCAGGAAUGCGGUGGGCCUCCAAGGGCCUGCAUAUUUUUUGGCUCUGGGGAAGACAGUGGCCAGAAGGAGGGUCACUGAAUCAGACAAUUCCAGAUCAAGGCAGGGAAGGGGAAGGCAGGAGAGAGGAACCCAGGCCCCAGCGUGGUGUUCCAGAGUCCGUUCCUGCCUCCCUUCUGGUCAUCCAUGGCUACAGCUUUUUAUGAACCCAGAGUCCCUCCCCUCCCCUGCCUGGCCGCAGCUUUAUUGCUGAAUCCCGGGCUCUCCACGCAAUUUCACGCCUCUCUGCCUUUGCUCCUGCUGUUCCUUCAGCCAAAUGCCUUCUCCAUUGUCCCAGUCUUGCCACAACCUCCUCAUUCUUCAAGGCCCAGCUAGGAUGCCACAGAUCCCCCUGGGUAGCCUCCCCAGAGUCCCCAGUUUUGUUACUUGCCCCUCCCUCCCUCCAUGGUCUCUCAGUGACUGCACCUGUAUCUCUUUUUCAUUGUGGCUGGGUCCAAAUGAGGCUCUGCCUCCAGAAGGCCAGCCUACAUACACCCGCACCCGCCUCACGGUGUACUUUGUACCGUUUGGGUACCCAUAAAUGUUGGUAGGGUGAGGAGAAGGAGCUUGGUGAAGAAGACUUUGAACGGGUGGUCCGCAAAACCUGGAAUCCAGUCCCGUUGGACAGGAGUUCUGCCCUCCUGGGUGGUGGAGCCCCCUGAGUUGCUCAGCCCCUCCUUUCUUUCUCCCCUCCUCCUUGAGGAUCCUCCCCACCCUCCAAGUCCAGGGAGGACUUUGCUCCUUUCCUUCCCCACAGACCAGCACUCCCCCCCCCCCCAUUAUCAUCCUGUUAAACAGAGAGGCCAGUCAGGACCCAUAUGGAUCACAUUAACAAUUGCUUAUUAUCUGGCCUGAGACACCCCCAACUCCCCACCACUAGUUCCUACUGCUGCAGCUCUGGGUCCCGAGGAGCCUUGCCUCCUCCCCUCCCCCACCACUGGUCAUGAAGGAGGUCAGGGGACAGAUUGGUUGGUUACCCUCUCCUCCCCUAACCCCUCUAGCAAAAUUUUGCCUCUUCUCGAUUUGGCAUUUAAUGACUUCUUCAUCACCUUAUUUAAUGAAAACCAUGCUCCACAGGAGGCUGGCUCAGGAAGUUCCCAGGGCUACAUACUGGAAGGUGACCAAGGCCUGGCAUACCUGUGGUCUGUUGCCUUGAUGGCUCCUGGCACCAGUGGGCAGAAGUCAGAGAGGAAAGGCUCUGUUGAAGAUGCACUGGACACCGGAACACGCCCAGCCCCUCAACCAGUGGCCAGAGCAGCACCUGGAUGUCUCCUCCACCACCCCGUCACCGGCCCACAAGUUGGAGCUGCCUCCAGGGGGUCGCCAGCGCUGCCACUACGCUUGGGCACACGACGACAUUUCCGCCCUCACAGCCUCCAACCUCCUCAAGAGAUACGCGGAGAAGUACUCUGGGGUCCUGGACUCACCCUACGAGCGCCCUGGCCUGGGCAGCUACGGUGACGCCGCCUUCCUCAACGGUGCCAAAGCGGACCCGGAGCCCUGGCCCGGGCCGGAGCCACCUUACCCUCUAGCCUCACUCCACGAAGGCCUCCCCGGAGCCAAGCCGGCCGGCGCAGGUGGCUCCGCGGGUCUCGGCGGCUCCCCGGUGGUAGCAGGGAACCUAACCGAGCCUCUCUACACGGGCAACGCGUGCGGGGGCCCGUCGGCUGCCACCGAGUACGCGGCGGGCUACGGAGGCGGGUACCUGGCGUCCGGCUACUGCGCGCAGACAAGUGCAGCGCUCGCCCCGCCGCCCCCGGCCGCGCUCCUGCAGCCAGCGCCGCCACCCGGCUACGGGCCCUCCGCGCCACUCUACAACUACCCGGCGGCGGGCUACGCGGCGCAGCCCGGCUACGGGGCGCUCCCGCCGCCCGCCGCGCCGCCCGCGCCCUACUUGCCCUCCGGGCUAGCGGCGCCCACGCCCCUGCCCGCGCCCGCGCCCGCGCCACCCCGGCCCGCGCCCUACGGCUUCCCCGGGGCCGCCGAGGGCGUGUCGCUGAAGCGCAAGGCGGUGGACGAGGGCGCGGAGGCCCGCUACCGCAAGUACGCGUACGAGCCCGCCAAGGCCCCCGCGGCCGACGGUGCCGCCUAUCCCGCCGCGGACGACGCCGAGUGUCGGGGCAACGGGUUCCGCGCGAAGCCACCCGGAACCACAGAGGAUGGGACCGGCAAGUACGGCGGCGGCGGUUCUCUCAAAGUGCUGGGCUCCCCCGCCUACGCCCCGCAGCUGGAGCCCUUUGACAAGUUUGCGGAGCGGGUCCCAGCCGCGCACGGAGGAUUCGCGGAGCCGUCCGGGGAGCCCGCCAAGGGCGUGGACCCGGGAACGCUGGAGCUGGUGAGCAGCAAGAUGGUGGACUGCGGACCCCCUGUGCAGUGGGCAGACGUGGCGGGCCAGGGCGCGCUCAAGGCGGCGCUGGAGGAGGAGCUGCUGUGGCCCUUGCUGAGGCCGCCCGCCUGUCCCGGCAGCGCGCGCCCGCCGCGGACCGUGCUGUUCUUCGGGCCCCGCGGCUGCGGCAAGGCGCUGCUGGGGCGCUGCCUCGCCACCCGACUGGGUGCCACUCUGCUGCGCCUGCGCGGAGCGGGCCUGGCGACCUCUGGUGCCGUCGAGGGCGCGCGCCUCCUGCAGGCGGCCUUUGCGGCUGCGCGCUGCCGCCCGCCCGCGGUGCUGCUCAUCAGCGAGCUGGACGCGCUGCUGCCAGCGCGGGACGACGGCGCGUCGCUGCGGGCGCCUCUGCUGACCUGCCUGGACGGUGGCUGCGGCGCGCGCGCCGACGGCGUGCUGGUGGUGGGUACCACCUCGCGGCCGGCGGCCCUGGACGAGGCCACCCGGCGGCGAUUCGCGCUGCGCUUCUACGUGGCGCUGCCGGACGGCGCGGCGCGCGGGCAGAUCCUGCAGAGGGCGCUGGCUCAGCAGGGCUGUGUUCUGAGUGAGCGGGAGCUGGCCGCCCUGGUGCAGGGCACCCAGGGCUUCUCUGGGGGCGAGCUGGGGCAGUUGUGCCAGCAGGCAGCAGCCGAGGCGGGCCUCUCCGGACUGCAGAGGCCCCUCUCCUACAAAGAAGUGGAGGCUGCUCUAGCCAAGGUGGGCCCUCGGGCUCCUCCCAAGGAGCUGGACUCAUUAGUUGAGUGGGACAAAAUGUAUGGCUCCGGACACUGAGGGUGGCAGAGGAGGCCAACUCUGCCUUGGGUGGGGAUGUCUUUGGCCAAAGGAGUGAUGAAUGUGGGGCGGGAGAGGGAGGGCUCUCCCGGUGGAUUUUUUUUUUUUUAAUGGGAAGGAAAAUGCUUCUGCCAGGCAGAUCGAUGCCGUAAGCGCCGGUGUACUCAGGUUUUUCCUAUUUAUCGUGGACGGGAAGUUCGCCAUCUCUGCCCCGCAGACCCAGCACAUCCGACAUGAGUUGGCAUCAGGGCCUAAGGAACUCCUGCUCUCUCUCCUUAACCUCUGUCUCUUGUCCUCUGGGCCACACCCUCCUUUCCCAUUCUUCUUUCUCAGUAUUGGCUUCCUUUUCUCCUCAGGGUUUUGUCACUGACCCCUCCCCAUGCCGUCCCCGUUUCUUUUCAGCUCCUCCUUCCGGUCCCCAUCUAUCACCCUCUGUGCUUCUGUCUCUGUCGCCCAGUGUCUCCCGGACCCUGUGCUUUAACCCACCCUUCCUCAUUGUUUUCAUUCACACUGCAGCAACUCUUGGCGGAAGUUCUUCUGGCCUGGAGGCUGAGAAAGGUGGAGCAGGGAGCCCCAAGCCUCCUCUGUAUCCUACCCACCUGAAAUCUUGGGGUCUUAGGGGUGGGACAAGGAUAAAAACCACCCAAAGAAGGCUUUUGUUUUGCCUUUUGGUUUGUUCAAAUUUUUUUUUUUUUUUUGAGGGGAAGUCCCAGAAAUGUAGGUUGCUUAAUAUUUUAGGCCUCUUAUUUUUGUAAGAUGUGUAGGAUUUGCUGUUUUUCGUUUUAUUUUGACAACUCAGGAAGAAACUGACCUCAGAAAGAAUGUUAGAGUUUGGCUGCUCUUCUGUUGCCCUCAGCCCCGUCCCUUGGGGAGCAGAUUCUCCCAGACCAGAGAGAUUUGAGGCUAAUGAGGAAGACCAGACAUGAGCAAGCCCCAAACUGCUGUUCCAGGGAUAGAAACAGAAUGUAUCUAAGGGCUUCCUCCCCAGGACCAACUUGCAAGCAAGAGGUGAGGAUGGGUCACAGGCCCCAGAGGAAGGGGCUUGCCGCUUUCUUGCCAUUCUCCUCCUGGGCCCCAGUCCUCAGCUUCCAGUGGUCUGCGAACCUUCCAGAGAGUUGGGGUACUCUUGUCCAUUUCCUGCCUUAGAGGUGACCCAGGCAGAAGGUUCUCAGGCCAUCUGACUGAAAGCAGGUUCUGUCAGAGAUGCUCAAUAAAAAGCUAAGAGGAUUUCCUCAGGCAUGAACAUGGUCUGGCCACAAGUCUGGCUGGGCACAAUAUUGACUACUAGGAGCCAGGCCACCUGUGACAAGGCAGAGCAGUGCCCUGGAAAGGGUUCUGUGUCUUUGUGUGGGGAUGUCUACUUGUCCCCAUGGAGUGCUGGGUCUAGCUAGACCUGGAGGGCCUGGAGGGAACUGGGUUGUUUUCCUGUGAUGCUAGUCCAGAGCCCUUCUCUGCAAACCACAUCCCUCCUGCUCCUUCUCCCCUCAGGCCAUUUCACAAUCUUUGGUGCAAGAAGGGACCCCCUCCCCCAUCUUUGUCCCACCUUAGCCGCCCGUUCCCCCCACCCCCCACCCCACCCCACCCCACCCCCGCUUGCCUCUACAGCUCCUAGAUCCCUUCACUUUCUGGAUACUGAGGAUGCUGUGGGAGACCUGGUGGGUGGGGAGGGAGGGCGGGGGGGGGGGACAGGGUGCUGAGGGCAGGUGUGAGCCGAGGAGGAGGGUGGACAGGAGAUCUGCUGUGUCCCCUUCAUGUUCGUUCUCUCCAAGCCACUCUCUGGAGCCAGCCAACCAAGUACAGGACUUGAUGCCUCAAAGCAAGUGGCCCAGAGUGAUGCUGCAGGUGGUCCUGGGUGGGGCAUAGAGUAGGGAGUUCUCUCAGGUCUGGGGGUGGGGGUGGGGAUACCAGGGCAGGGAAGUGGGGUUGGGAACCCAGCUGUCCCUUCAAACAGCAGCACCACUAGGGGGCUGGGUAGGAGUUUCAUGGGCCAAUCGCUAGGGUCCCCACACUUCCUUUGCUGGGUUCUUUCUGUUCCCAGGCUUGGAAGCUUUGCACAAGAAGACAGCCCCCAGCUGCAGCACCUACCUCAUGAGCAUGGGGCAGGAUGGCAGGGCGGGUCUAGCCCUAGCAAUGUUGGGGGGCAUACCAAAGAAUCCAGGGAUGGAGCGUGGGGGAGGGCACGCUGGCCCUCCACUCCCUCUGCUAACAUUGGGUUGGGAUCCUCUCUCAGUUGUAACCCAUUUCUACCUCAUUUUGCUGUAUGUUGUACAUGGGCAUAUUUAUCUCCUGUCUGAUGAUGCUCUGCAGUUGUGGUCUGUCUACCUCAGAAGAGACUGUAUUUUAAAAGAAAAUAUUACACAGUAUUAAAGUUAUGACGUGUGGUACCCAGA